UAUUUCGAACUAAAUAAACAAAGCCCAUCAAAUUUUCAUAUAUAACAGAUGAUCCUAGAAAGUUCUACGAGAAAGAAUUGCAGAAUUGUGAAAGCGAAUUACUUGAUCAACACUCUGAGGCUUCGCUUCGUUCUCUUCCAUUGCUUCUGAGUGAUUACUGCAGUAAAAGUUUGAAUAGCAAAAUGCAAGGACGCGGUGGGCCUGGUGGCAGAGAUCCUUUAGCUGACUUCGGUGGUUUUGGAGGCUUUGGAUCUUCUAGGAGUUUGAUGUCAAGUGUGUUUGGAGGAAGGGACCCAUUUGACGACCCUUUCUUCACCAGCCCUUUUGGAGGGAUGUUCCAGUCAAGUAUUAUGAGUGGUCCAUCUGGGUUUCCUUUUUCCCGGGAAAUGCAACGGCCUGGUUUUCCUUUUCCUUCAGAAAUGCAGCAGCCUGAUUUUCCUUUUGCGCAGAAUAUGCAGAUGCCUGGUUUUCCUUUUGCACCGAAUAUGCUGUCAUCUGGGUUUCCUUUCGGCCCGGAGAUGAAUCCAUCUGUGUUUCAUGAGAAUCAAGCUCGUGCUCCGGAGCCUAGUAGUCGAAGGGGCCCAAUCAUUCAGCAAUUGGACUCUGAUGAUGAAAAUGAGGAUGAGACCGAAGAAAAGAAAGAAAAUCCAAAAAGGCAUAGAAGGUCAAGCGUUGAACCCUCUGUAGAACAUCCAGAUGAUGAACAUGAAGGGAAGAAGAUCCGACAUUUGCAGGGUAGAAAUGAGUUCAACAAUUUCAAUGCAACUGAGCUUCAGCCUCAAACACAGAGCUUCUGCUUUCAGAGCUCAACAGUCAGCUAUGGUGGUCCAAAUGGAACAUAUUAUACUUCUUCAAAGACCAAGAGGACUGGAAGUGACGGAGUGACACUUGAGGAGAGCAAGGAGGCUGAUAGCUCCACAAGGCAAGCUUCCCACAGGAUUUCUAGAGGCCUGCAUGACAAGGGGCACACCUUCUCAAGAAAGCUUAAUCCAGAUGGUAAAGUGGAUACUAUGCAGACUUUACACAACAUUGAUGAAGAUGAACUUGCUGGCUUUGAAGAAGAAUGGAAAGGAAAGGGUCAAAAGUAUUUGCCUGGAUGGAGCGGGAGUAUUGGGAGUAUUGGAGCUGGCCAUAGUAGACAAGCUGAGCAUGCUGGGCAGGGAGGUUUCCUUCUCCCUUCAUCCGAGCAUAGUCAUCCCGUGGGCUCGUCCCAAGUUAGAGGCGAAGUGGGUUCUUCUCGUGCUUGGGAGAGAGUGAGGACAGAUUCCAAUGGUAGGGGUGCAUACCACUCAGGAAGGCAGGGUCAAAAUUAAUUAUCUGUUGUUGUAGUCAAAUGUUGCAGUCAAUUUGACAAGUACUUGAGUCUCAUUCACCUUAAAACUGUCAUGAUAUUUCUUAUGUUACCUCUUGGGUUUCUCUUUCCCUCUCCAUAGGUAUAUAUGAUAAUUUUAGUAGUAGUUUCCUUGCCUUGAUGGGAAAGAUUAAGCCACUGAAAAUGUCAGUGAUGCCAGCGUCUGAGAUUUGUACAAUCUUAGUUCAUACUGCAUACAGUUGUUUAGACACAUUAUCUGUAGUGUAUGAGAUGUAUAUGUUAUGUAUAUGUUGUCCUGUGCAAUUUCAAUACUUUAUUCUUUUGUUGCGA